ACAACGAGAGAAAGGAUCCAUUCUUAUACUUUUCUCCUUUCUGCCUUCAUGGCUGUUGAUCACGAUAUUCUUUGGCUGCAAACAGCACCGUCCAUAGCUGCCAUUUAUUAUCACACACAUCUCUAUACCACUCAUGUUCUAUAUUGUCCCGAUGAUCGUGUUCAAUUAGACGAGCUCACCGUGCGCGAUUUAGGUCGAAAAAUAUUGAAUGUGUUAGACUCGAACAACAAAAAACUCGCCGUUCACUUUAUGCGACCAUGUGCCAUUCGAAAACACCAGGAUGUAGUACGAUAUUUGCUCAAGAUCCGAAGUAGCUUGACGAUCGAUUGUCGUGUUCUUCCCACCGCACCCAUCCAAACUCGACUGCUCGCCGGUUGGGCAAUGUCGCUUCAACCCGAAUUCGCAAGUCGCGACUUGUGGCUACGACGUUGUUUGGUACCUUUUCACUCAGACGCGUUUAAUAGCCCUGACGAUGAUUCCGACGUGAAUACCGAGUACAUGGAUCCGUUUUGUAUCACGGCCGAGCCAUUCGAAAAGAGAGCACUUGUGAUCAAUGUUACGCGCUCCAUAUGUACGGGAAAGAGUGGUGUCGGAUUCACGUUAAACGAUGCUGUAGUAAUGGCUAUUCAAGGAUGGACUGAUGUGGUCAAGCAGCUAUCCAUAGCAGGAACAGUUAUUCUUAUUGCUGAUGAAAAGACGCUUUACAAGGGCAUUCCGGAUGAACUUGGUGAAAAACAGGAUAAGCAGCUGAAACGACAUCGUGAGAGUACAUACCGGUACUUGGAGCGACUAGGGUCAGAAUGUCCAAUCUACCUGUAUACACGCGCCUACACUACCAUGGAGCCCGAAACAAUACCCGAAAAACUAGCAUGUAUUCAACAUCGUCAUGGGCUAUGCCUCAGGGGGUCGUUUAUGCUUAGCUGGUCUAGGGACGAUACUCUACUACAGCAUGACGACUGCCCAGCGUACUUUUCACAAAUGCAGCAUAUCUACCUCCGGGAAAUAUUGGUCCAGAAGAGCCGUGUAAUAUGGAAGGGUGACUUUUUUGAAAUCCUACAACGAGAGACCGAAAAGUUACAGCCAGAUAAUAUACGACGGAUAGCACCAUCCACCAUCACCAGUGACCUUUCAGACCAAGAACAGACGUGGACCCCUCUGCUUUAUAUGCAAAGUGACAAGACGACGAGAGAAGAAACUUUUGAAGGAACUGUGAGACACAGCGUAUCUGCUCUUAAUACCCGAGUAUUUGAUUCUUAUAAAUCGCACAUGGAAAAUAUCGAAACAGACAAGUCCGGCGCCAAACAACAGACACACCCUAUGUCAUUUCAAUAUGAUGAUAAUAAUCUGAAAGGAUCUUCAUCCACUCAUAAUAUUCAGCAAGACGAUCAAAACGGCAUGGAUGAAGAUGCAAUUGAAAAACUACGAUAUGGUUUUGCUGAUCGUCUUGACAACGAGGCCAUCAAAACGUAUAUUGGUAACAAGGGCGCUUGCUCACGAGGUCAAACGAUACUCGAUAAGCUCGAUCAAAUGAAGAUAGCUGGGGAUGCGGACAGCAUUGAUAUUUGGGCCAACGCUCACGGAACUGCAAAAGAAGCCUAUGUCGUAUCCAUCACAUUAACAUCCGAGUCACAAAAAGAGAUUGGAUUUAAAGAUGGCUCCUGCUCUUGUCCAGUGGGAAAACAUGGUAAAUGUAAGCACUGCACAGCACUGUUACUACGGUUUAUGGUGAACACGGAUGAAUUCGAUUACGUGGCUCGAUCAGAACGGCCACAACCGAGCACUGCAACUACUCCCACGAGCGAUAUGCCAAAGGCUAGUGCAAACACAUCCAAAUCCACCCGGCAUCCGCCAACACCAGAAGCAGAGAGACAGCUCACAUCACCUUCUGUUACAUCUACAAAUGCUCAGUCAAUGACGACUGUUUCAGGAAGUUCAAAGGCAACAGGUGAUCCCGCAUUCUCCCUCAUCAAACAGCGAUCCUUUCACGAAGAUGACUCUGAAAAACCAAAACAAGAGAAACCGGCAGCAGAAUCCACAUCAAAGCAACCUGUCGGCCGUCGGAUACUGCCUUGGGCCAAACCGGGAGCAGUAGAGGAAGAAAAGCCCAAAUCAAAUAGACGUAGCAAGAAAGACGCCGACUCUGCAACGGCGGCAAAGACGACGCCGAAAAAAGCGACAAAACGGAAAGCUCGCCAAAAUACCGAUGAGAUAAUUGCUGCCAAUGAGGGGAUGCAUGAUAUCGGCACUUCCUUGAAAACGACACGAACAAAAAAGCCAAAAACUGCUACUACAGCAAAAUCAUCAGCACGACAAAAAACUAUAAAGGAGCAAGUGGGAGAGGACGAUAGUGAGGAGGAGGGCGACGAUGACCCAAUGAUGAUUGAUCCAAAAAAAAUCACAGCACGAAAGCGUAAUCCGCGACGGACUGCUACCAAGUCAACCGCAGCGAAAUCAUACAAAGAAAGUGACGAUAAUGACGAAAACAACGAUGCUUCUGUUGAUGAUAAGGAAGCAAUCAGAGCUUACGAAAGGAAAUCGCGCCAGGAUUAUACUGCUACCAAUCAUAGUGAUGGAGAUGACGACAUUUAUCAUGACACUAUGGACGAGGUAGCGACCCGACAUAUCAAACCAAGUACAAAACCUUAUCAGACAAAUGAUGCUGCCGCUCUUGAUUGCGAUUUGAAGGAGGAUAUCCACCAUAACAGCCAUAAUAACAAUGCUCUGCAUGUGCCUGACAAUAACGAUGAUGGUGACGAGAGUGAUGUUACCGAUGAUGGAUUAGGAGUAGUAUACCGGAAACCAAACGAAGAAGAAGAGAAAGAAGCGGCUGCAGAAGGGAGUUACAUGUCACUCGAUAACUCCAUGGGUGCUCAAACACCAACGACAAGUGAUGUUGAAAUGUCAAACAAACAGGACGACAAAAGUUCACUGGGUCAAGUUGAAACCCAAACUUUUGGCAGUAAUAGUAUCGAUGGUAAUAGUACUAAUAUUGGGAUGACGACCGACGAUUUAUUUGACGAACUAGGAUUAUAAAUAUAUACAUUUUCUCUUUUACAUAUAUCAACAUCCACCUGCCUCGCUUCGCUCGGCUGAAUGAGCCCCUUCGCUGCGCUCCG